UAUAUUAAUACACCUCCAUUGUCCUUUAUCAUUACAUAUAUAGUUACUUGUCUAAAUUGCACAUUGAUUUUCAUCCAAAACCCCAUUUCAAAAAAGAACAUUUUCUUCAUAAACAUUCAAGUUUCCUAAUCUAGUAACCAACAAUGGAAAUAAACAAGAACAGAGCACCAUCAGAGCUAGUGUUCAUCCCAACCCCAGGAAUGGGCCACCUUAUGUCCGCCGUAAAACUAGCCAAACUCAUCCUAAAACGCAACAAAACCAUCUCCAUACUCUUCAUCGUCAUCAAUGUCCCCCUGAAUCUAUCAAUGGUCAAAUCCUACAUUCACUCUCAAUCACAUCACAAUCCCUACCCAACUCGUCUUACCUUCCACAUUCUUCCUCCUCUUUCAAACCCACCAGAUCCCACCACCCCUAAUUACUUAAAAAACUUCAUCGAACUCCAUAACCCACUCGUAAAACAUUCGGUAAUUGAUCGGACUAUGGCCGGGUUAUCCUCCCCUAUCGGUUUCAUUCUCGACAUGUUAUGCACUUCCAUGAUCGAUAUAGCAACAGAUCUCAACAUCCCGUCUUAUAUCUUCUUCCCUUCUGGAACUGGGUUUCUGAAUCUCAUGCUCCAUUUUCAAAAUAUGGCGGAUCUUGAAAAUAUUGAUAUAGCAACUAAAUUCAGUGAUCCCGAUAUAGUUUUUAAUAUGCCUGGAUUGGAGAAUCAAAUUACGGGUAAAGCUGUCCCGCGAAUAUUUCUCGAAGUAGAAGGUGGGUGCUCGAUGAUUCUAGAACAUGCUAGAAGGUUUAGAAAAUGUAAAGGGAUUUUGAUUAAUUCAUAUGUAGAACUCGAAAGGGUUGGUUUCAAAGCUUUGUUUGAUCAAGUUGAAAUGGGUCAAAUCCCUACAGUUUUUCCCGUGGGACCCAUUUUAGAUCUCGAUGAGAAGAUCCGAUCAGAGUCCAAUGAGGAAGAUGAAGUACAGUCUAUAGUAGACUGGCUGGAUAAUCAACCAUCAUCGUCGGUUGUGUUUCUCUGUUUUGGAAGCAUGGGAAGUUUCGAUGAAGAACAAGUUAAAGAGAUUGCGAAAGGGUUAGAUGAUUCAGGUCACCGUUUCCUUUGGUCGUUACGGAAACCGCCGUCAAGUGAAGGGAAAUACGGCGCACCAAGCUUGCACGAGACCUUUGUGGAGGCCUUGCCUCAGGGUUUUAUAGAUGGUACCGCUGACAGAGGAAAAAUCAUUGGGUGGGCCCCACAAGCAUUGAUAUUAGCCCACUCGGCGAUUGGUGGGUUUGUGUCACAUUGUGGAUGGAACUCGACAUUAGAGAGUUUGUGGUUUGGGGUUCCAAUGGCGACAUGGCCAGUUUAUGCAGAGCAACAAUUGAAUGCUUUUCAGUUGGUAAAGGAAUUGGGGAUUUCUGUGGAGAUAAGGAUGGAUUAUAGAUAUGUAUGGAACACUAAAAAGGGUAAUUUUGUUGUGAAGGCUAAAGAGAUUAAGAAUGGAAUAAAGAAAGUUAUGAAUUUGGAUGAAGAGAUGAAAAGUAAAGCAAGGGAAAUGAAGAAUAAGGGAAGGGAAGCUUUGGAAAUUGGUGGAUCUUCUUAUGAUUGGCUUGGUCGUUUUAUUGAAGAUGUGUUGAGUAAAGAUCCCGAGAGGUGCUAAACUGCUAAUAUCAGAUGUCUGAUUCCAAUCGUAGAUUUUGGGUCUAAGCAUCAAGCACACCUCUAAUAGGCAAUAGCAAUGCCGGUUGUUGUUCAAUAUCAAUAUUUUAGGGAAAUUUGAUAAUGCAUCACAAUAAAUAUCGAUAUUAUAGUUUGACUAAUUAUAACAUUUUUUAAUUAUAGUUUUUUUAUUUC